UUUGGCUUUCAGAGUUUAACCAAGUCGCUGUUAGAUAUGGUCUUGUCUCUCAUUUCCUUCUGUAAAGCAGACUUGGAGACUCACAAAUCGUAUAUCGUACUACCUGUCAUAUCCGAAGCCAUAUCUGCUAUGUUAGCAUGUUAACUGUGACUCCAUAGCAUUAGCCGGCUAUGUGUUUACGGCUGCUGAUAUGUUGCCUUGAAUCAAAUGAAACAAAUAUGGUGCAGCGCCUGACGUAUCGUCGUAGGUUGUCCUACAACACCGCAUCAAACAAGACCCGGCUGUCCCGCACACCUGGCAACCGCAUCGUCUACCUGUACACCAAGAAGCGUGGAAAGGCACCUAAGUCGGCAUGCGGAAUCUCCCCAGGAAGACUGCGUGGUGUGAGGGCGGUGAGGCCACAGGUCCUGAAGAGGCUCUCCAAGACUAAGAAGCAUGUCAACAGAGCUUAUGGCGGUUCCAUGUGCGCCAAGACUGUGCGUGACAGGAUCAAGCGUGCCUUCCUCAUUGAGGAGCAGAAGAUCGUCGUCAAGGUCCUCAAGGCACAGGCACAGAGCCAAAAGUCAAAGUAAACGUCUAUUUGUACUGCUACAAUAAAAUGUGGAAACCCAUGA